GUCAUGCUCUACGUCUACCGAAGACGCAUGUGCCGUGAUUGGUGGAUGAUUUUCGACAUGAUGAUCGUGGUCAUAGCCUGGAUCGACGUAAUCGUCAGCACGCUGGUGACCACCGCGGGUCUACAGGAAGUCCAGCUCCUGCGGCUCUUCCGCAUCGC